AAAUACGUACAUGCAAUCAAAUCAAAUGGCGAUCGGUCGGUUCGAACUGCGAAAGUCUCUCGUUCUAUUCUUAUUUAUUCUACCAGUGUUUCUGUAACUUCUGUUUUCUGUACUGAGCUAGUAAUUGAACUAUCACAGUUUUUAUUUCGUUGUUGUUUUAAGUAGCGAUUGAUGCAUGAAAUAUAAAAACUGAUGUUUUCAAGGUAGCAAGUUUGUGAAAUAGCAAUGAACAUUUUAGUGCAUCUGUGAUUUAAAAGAAUUAUUGUGUUUAAUACGGCACCGAAGUGUAAUAAUUGAAUAGCCGGGUGUUUAUAAGCGGUGCUUUAAUUGACGUUAUGUAUAGAAAUGGUCAGUGUUAUUAAAAAUCCUAACCUCAAUUCCUAGUUCUUUGUGAAUACGUCGAACUUUUAUCGUUCGCCUGGUGCGUGGUCUACGUAGAAGUGUAAUCGAUUUGUUAUAUAUGAUUCAACGCGAGUAUCAAAUGAACAACGGGUUUAGUACAGGAGAAGAGGAUUCUAGAGGUAAUUUGGAUCAAAUAUGUUGCCUUGUGGAUGACAACGAGCGUUGCAGACAGUCCGCUGGCAACGCCGCUUACAGCAAGCGAAUACAGAAGACUGUCACACAACGGAGGCUCAAACUAAAUAUUGACCCACAGGCGAGGCAUACAUAUAUCUGUGAUUACCACAAGAACAUGAUCCAGUGUGCAAGAACAAAACAGAGGAGGCUCAAGGACUCUGAAGAUGACAGUAAUGAGGCAGUGAUGGACUCACCUGAAGUAGACUGGUGCCAACUGCAAGUACCAACUCUAAGGCGAUAUAAAAGGCAUUAUAAGGUGCAGACAAGGCCAGGGUGGAACAAAGCUCAAUUAGCUGAGGCUAUUCAGAAACAUUUUAAGUCUCUACCUGUUGAUGAGAAGGAGAUUAUUACUUAUUUUAUUUAUAUGGUGAAAACAAAUGGAAAUAAGUUGGACCAGAAAAAUGGAAUGAACUCAGAUUCAAUUUAG